AUGUCCAACUCGCGCGCGUCCUCCCACGGUGCCAGCGGCGGCGUGGCGGUAACGCCGUCGAUGUCCGCGUCGGCCAUCGUCGCCAAGGGGGCGACCGGGUCGCACGUCCUCAAGAUCGACGGCUACUCCCGCAUGAAGGGACUCUACAUUGGCAAAUUCAUUACGUCGAGGUCGUUCCAAGUCGGAGGCCAUCGCUGGUGCCUGCGAUACUACCCCAACAGUCGAGACUUCGUACGAUACGCCGGCUGGAUAUCGAUCGUACUCUGUCUUGAUCCCAGCGAGGUCGGUGAAGUCACGGCAGAGUACAAGAUCAGCUUGCUCGACAAAAAAGGCCGCCCAGUGCCACGCUUCGUCCGGGAAAGCAAAACCUUGACAUUCUCCGGGAAGCAAGAGCCACAUAUCACCGAUUCCUACCACCUCAUCACUAAGGCAGAACUGGGGAGUCUACCUUACCUGAAGGAUGAUGCUUUCAGCGUGAGGUGCGAUAUCACCGUGGUGAUGGGGAUCGUCACGGAGGACCUUGUGGUUCCCGCCGUCGAGCGUGGUAUCAAGAAAAAGACCUUCUAA